CUUUCAAUCAAUGAGGGUGAGGAAAGUAGUGCCAACAAAGAUGGCAAUCAGUCAAGACAUUUUGGUGGUAAUGAUGCUACUACAUGGAGUAAUGGGAACGAUGAUCAAUCUCAACAAUAGUGGUUUUGAAGACAUUGUUAUUGCUAUUAAUCCAACGAUACCUGAAGAUGACAAAAUUGUUACCAACAUAAAGGAUAUGGUUAAAGAAGCAUCCAAUUAUCUCAUCAGUGCUACAGAACGAAGAUUUUACUUUAAGUCUGUAAAAAUUAUAAUUCCAAUGACAUGGACAUCAAAACCAGAGUAUAAAAGAGUAAUAAGAGAAUCCUACGAAAAAGCUGACAUCAUAGUAGCUGAUCCUUAUGUGAAAUCUGGAGAUGAUCCCUACACUUUGCAGUAUGGAGGUUGUGGGAUACCAGGAAGAUACAUUCAUUUCACGCCAGAAUUUCUGACAAAUGACAAUUUGCAUGAUGUUUAUGGAUCUCGAGGUAGAGUCUUUGUUCAUGAGUGGGCUCAUCUCAGAUGGGGUGUCUUUGAUGAAUAUAAUUAUGAUGCUCCUUUCUAUGUUACCAACGAAAAGAAAGUUGAGGCAACAAGAUGUUCAGUUAGUAUCACUGGUGUUUAUAUAUUUUCAACUGGACCAGGAAACUACAGAGACUGCAGAUUCCGGGAGGACACUCAGAUGUAUGAACCGGGAUGUCAAUUUGUACCACAUAAAACCCAAAGCACUCCAGUGUCGAUAAUGUAUAUGCAAAGUCUACCUUCUGUUACUCUGUUCUGUAAUGAAAGUAAUCAUAAUAUGGAAGCACCAAACCUGCAAAACAAAUUCUGCAACUAUAGGAGUACGUGGGAAGUAAUCAUGAAUUCCACUGACUUCGCCUCUUCAUCUAUAAUAAAUACUCCUCUACCUGACCCCUCUUUCACCUUGAUGCAAGCACGUGACAGAGUUGUCUGUUUAGUGCUUGAUGUUUCGGGAAGCAUGAGAGAUCAUGAUCGCAUUGCUCGUCUCAGGCAAGCUGCAGAAGUGUUCAUCCUACAAAUCAUCGAAACUGGUUCCUGGGUUGGAAUUGUAAGGUUUCAAAGCAUUGCCAGCACUACGAUUGACUUGCAACAGAUUGUCAGUGACAAAAUACGGCAGCAUCUUGUGAAUUAUUUGCCUACCAUAGCUAAUGGAGGGACUAAUAUUUGUGCUGGAGUGCGCCAAGGAUUUCAGGUGAUUAGUUCAAGAAAUGGAAGUACCGAAGGGGGUGAAAUUGUGCUCUUGACAGAUGGAGAAGAUUCAGGAAUAGGAUCUUGCUUUAGUGAAGUUGAAAGUAGUGGAUCAAUAAUUCACACCAUUGCUUUGGGGCCAAGUGCUGCAAAAGAGCUAGAAAUGCUGUCAACCAUGACAGGGGGAUUAAAAUUUGCUGCCUUUGAUAGUUUGGAUGCCAAUGCCCUCAUUGAUGUUUUCAGUGGAAUUUCAUCAGAAAGUGGAAAUAUUUAUGAUCAGUCAAUUCAGCUUGAAAGUAAAAGUCAGAAAGUUAAUGCCAGCAAUUUUCUUAAUGGUAUUGUAUCCAUCGAUCAUACUGUAGGAAAUGACACUUUUUUUGUACUUACAUGGAGUGUAGCCAAUUCUAAACCUGGAAUUCUUCUGACGGAUCCAAAAGGAAAAACAUAUAAUCUUAAUGAUUUUGAAGUUGACAAUACCAAUCGCAAAACUGCUCGACUUAAGAUUAAUGGGACUGCCGAGGCAGGCGACUGGACUUAUGCACUUUAUAAUACACACUCAGUGGCUCAAGUGCUAUCAAUCACGGUAACGUCUCGAGCAGCAUCUCUAGAAGAACCUCCAGUAACUGUGAAGUCCUACAUAAGCAGUGAUGCAAAUGCUUUUCCCAAUCCAAUAAUUAUUUAUGCAGAAGUCAGUCAAGGAUUUUUGCCAGUACUUGGUGCAAAAGUUACAGCCACAAUUGAAUCAAAGUCGGCAACUGAGGAUCUAGAGCUUGUGGAUAAAGGUUCUGGUGCAGAUAUUAUCAAGAAUGAUGGAAUCUACUCAAGAUACUUCACAUCAUUCAAAGACAAUGGUAGAUACAGCAUAAAGGUGCAUGUCCAAGGGGGAUAUAGGACCAGCCGACAAACUCGCCAAAGGAAUCAUGCUCUAUAUAUGCCAGGCUAUGUCGACAAUGGUGAAAUAAAAAUGAAUGCACCAAGACCAGAAGCUAGUGACAAUGAUACCCAAACAAACCUUGGAAAAUUCAGCAGAAUUGCUUCAGGAGGUUCUUUUGUAAUGUCAGGAGUUCAUAAAAAUUCUUCAGAUGUCUUUCCUCCAUCUCGAAUCACUGAUCUUGACGCAAAACUCAAUGAUGAGGAUGAAUUCCUUUUGUCAUGGACUGCUCCUGGAAACGAUUAUGAUAAAGGAAAAGCUGAAAAAUAUGAAAUAAAAAUGAGUGAAAAUCCUGUGGAAUUAAGAGAUACUUUUGAAAGUGCUGCUUCUGUCAACACAUCCGAUUUGAAACCUGAUGUUGCUGGGGCCAAACAGUCAUUUCAGCAUAAGAUGAAAAACUUCACAAAACAAAAUGGCACUGCAGUUUAUUUUGCCAUUCGUGCCAAUGAUGGCACCAAUUUUGGGGAAGUAUCUAAUAUAGCAAGAGCAGUUGUACUUCUUCCUCCACUGGUCCCUACUCCCACACCAACCAAUCCUAGCUCUGCUCCUCCCACGAAUCAUUCCACCAUAAAAACCACUUCUAGUGUGACAGCUCCCAAUGAUGAAACCCAUGUGAUAAAUAUUGUGACUCUAAUUAUUAUCAUAGUGUGCAUUACUCUAAUUAUUAUUUGUGCUUGUAUAUGUAUAACUAUUUGUGUUUUACAUAAGCAAAAAAAGCCAAAUCCUGAAACUGCAAUGUAAGAAGAAGUAAGAACUCAAAACUAUAGACUGGAAGGAGAAAUAAAGAUGAUUUGUGCUAGUUACAUAGACUUCUAACAACCUGUAUAUGUAUAUUUAGAAGACCAGUUAAUAGACACAGAUUUCUGCAAUAUCAUUGAUUUUAAUUUUUAAAAGAAGAAAUUGAAUCACUCUCCUCAGCCUAUAGAGGAAGAGGUGAGUCAAAAUAAAAACAAGUUAGAAAGACUUAUCAGCCUUGUAUUUUAAAUUUUAUAAGCCACCUGGAGUCACCUACUAUUUGGGGGAAAAUAUAUAAAUUUGUUUAAUAAAUAAAUACAGAAACAAAUAAUUUCCCCAUACUUUCAUUACUCAAACAAAGGUGAAUUUCCUGUGCAAAUACCCCAUUUACCUAUUCUUUCUUUUACCUUUACUGUAAAUUUAACAUAAAGCCAAUCUGAAAUUGUUUAGCAAUCUCAAUGUCAGCACUAAUUUCAUCUACACUGAUUUACAAGAAUAAGUUUUAUGUUAGGUUUAGGUUACAAUGGUAUUACCAUAAUAGAGUCUGAUUCAGCUUUACACUGAAGUAUUUUUUUUCUGAGAUGAGAAAGAUUAAAUUAAAUUAACUUUCUGCAGGCAGAAUUUAAAUGGGUUGAACAUGUUGAAUGGUUAAAGUGGCAACUUUUUAGGAAUUAUGGUUUUUACAGUCCAAGAAAUCUGAAAGCAUCAAAGUGGGGAUUUGGGUUGAAAUAAUUAUAGAACAAUAGGAUUUUCACCUAAUUUAGUAAAAUUGCCAAAUACCCAAUCAUUAUAUUGCACCAUAAUGUUCUAUACUACAACGUUAACUAUAGUUGAAGAUAGCUUACCAAUUCUAAUGGCUAUCAACAGGGACCAAAUUGCUUCUCCUAAAUAUUAGUAAAAUAAGUAUCAAGACUCAUGACAAAAUAAUGUUUUUCAUACAUGGUAAGGAGAGAUUUAGAAGAAUCAUAUGAGACAAAAAAUAUUGUUCCAUCUGAACAAUUUUACUUAUUUUCAUUUAUUUAUGAAUACAUUUAUUCAAUGUAUACAGUUUCAGUUCCAUGAAUCUGGGCAGCUAACCAGGAUUUUUAAAAAAUAAUAACAAAAAAAAUCACUAAAUAAUAUAUAGAGUGGCCUAGAAAACCAGCCAACUCAUCAAUCAACAUUUGUUCCAGUCUUUCUGAAGUUUAAUAAAGAAGAAAUUUGAUUGAUUCCCAAACGUUCACUAUUGUGUGUGCAACUGCUACAUUAAAUAGGUUUUGGUGCA